AUGGUGCGCGGUUUGUCCCAGUGGACGAAGACCCUGAGCUUUCCGGCCAGAGUGUCACCUCAGAGACCUGCCAAGGAGUCAAAGGGCUUUCAAGUCAGCCCUAGUGCCAGUCCUACUUCACCACCGAGUCCUAUAAACGAUACGAUGGACAAGACACCGAUUAUUACCGAUGAGAAUUUCCACGACUUGGAAGCUGAAAAGGCAAUAAUGGGAUCCAUUGUUUACUGCAUACAUCACAAAGAUGGUUGCAAAUGGUCGGAUGAAUUAAGAAAAUUAAAGGCUCACUUGAAUACCUGCAAACACGAUGCAGUUCCAUGCAGUAAUAAAUGUGGUGCAAUGAUACCGCGUGUAUUGAUGGAGGACCACUUGAAAUAUACUUGCGCCCAACGGAGGGCACGCUGCGAUUUUUGUGCCAAAGAAUUUACCGGCCACACCCUCGAGAAACACACAGGUACAUGCGGAUACGAGCCGUUGUACUGUGAGAACAAAUGUGGAAUGAAAGUUCAAAGAAGACACUUAGGCCAGCACAAGUUGGGUGAAUGCGCCAAGAGAUUGGUUGCUUGUCGUUACUGCAACAAGGAGUUUGUCUAUGAUACGCUUGGUGCUCACCACGCAAAGUGCGGCCGUUUCCCAGUAGCCUGUCCUCAUCGUUGUGAGACCGCAGUUUUGCCGAGAGAAGAUCUCGAAGUUCACCUUAAAGAUCAUUGCACGACUCAUUUGCUCUCGUGCACGUUUAAGGAUGCCGGCUGUCGCUUUAAGGGUAAUAGAUUUUCUUUGGAUAAACAUCUAGAGGAAUCAGCGAAAAUGCAUCUCAGUCUAAUGUGCAGCGUGGUGACGAAGCAGCAGCAUCAGAUAACGAGUCUAAAGUCUGCGAUCAGUAAACUUUCGUUGAAUUUUACUGGCACUCUUAUAUGGAAAAUCACGGAUUAUACAGCUAAGAUGUCCGAGGCAAGGGCCAAGGAAGGAAUGGAACUCGUCAGUCCACCCUUUUACACUAGUCAAUACGGAUAUAAGCUGCAGGCUUCGGUUUUCUUAAAUGGAAACGGAACCGGCGAAGGCAGCCACAUUUCUAUAUACAUAAAAAUUCUACCUGGGGAAUACGAUGCUCUAUUGCGAUGGCCAUUUUCUCAUAGCGUGUCUUUCACCAUGUUCGAUCAAACGGUCGUAGCAGAAAAAGCUUGCAAUAUCGUUGAAAGUUUUAUACCAGAUCCUACCUGGAAAAAUUUUCAAAGGCCCAGUCGUGAACCAGAUUCACUUGGUUUCGGAUUUCCACGAUUUGUCUCACACGAAAUGGUUAAAAAACGACAUUUCGUAAAGGACGACACAAUGUUUAUCCGAGUUAAAGUAGACCCUAGUAAAAUUGUCGCUGUUUAAGUAUAAUAUCAUCGAGGUUUACCAAAGAAAAUGUCUUUGAUAUUACAAUCGAGAUCGUUUUCUUUUUAAUACAUAAUAGUGUGCUCGAAUAUCGCAUAAGUGUGCUUUACAAGAGAAAAUUUUUUAAAUAUUGUUAUAUUCAUUCGUUGACAAAUUGUUAAAUGAUUUAAAAGAAAUCGAGCGAUAUUCGUGAAGAGAAAUUUUUGACAAAUAUUAUUCGUUGAUAUUUGAUCCCUAUUACUUUGUGAUAAUGGUACUUCAGAGAUAGGAAAUAUGGUACUUAUAGCAGGGACUGCUAAAAAAUUUAUUAAUUUUCCCAGUUAUUAUUAUGCUAUAGAAUAUAGUUGCAAUUUUUACUUUUCUCUUUAUUUUUAUUUUUUUUUAUUUUUUUCUUUUUAAUAUAUAUAUAAAUCUACACAUAUGAAACUGAGAUAUAAUUUUGAUCAAAUCUUCUUUUAUAUAUGCAAGCUAUAUUUAUAGUAUUAAUAACUUGUUGAUAUUACGAAGUGAUACUUACGCUGCCGACAUUCUUUUGAUAAAGCAUACACUCUUUUUAUACCCGUAUAUUUAUAUCUAUAUAUUAUCGAAAAGAAAUUAUUUUGUACGAUUUAUAUAAGCAGCUCCAGACACAACGAAUUUUAAUAACACGUCGCGAUUUUGCCACCAAAUAUUAGUACAUUACAAUCUUAUAUACGAUACGAUAUUAGAAAAGAAUUACACUUCUGCUACUUCGUUCUUUUUUCUUUUAUAUAUAUAUAUAUAUAUACAUAUAUAUUACGACGACAUUCGAAGUUAUUUCUAAUUUAAUGGACUUUUACAUGUUUCGUACGUGUAUAUUAAUAGAAAGUCACUGUAAUUCAUGAAUAUCAGUUUUCUCAUUUUAAAGUUUGCAUUUCGAUGUUAUAUUACAAGUGGCCUUAGAAAUAAUUAUAUAUAUAUAUAUUUAUAUAUAUAUAUAUAUACACACACACGCAUAUAUAUAUAUAUAAGUAUUUAUCUUUAAGACAUCAAAUCAAAGAUGAUUAAGGGACUGUAUACUAUAAGUUUAGAAGAUGUAAAUAAUGUGAGAAACCAUAGAACAUGAAUGGAAGAGGUGUACCACUGUAAAUAUGCAUUUAAUAAUGAUAGUGAUAAUGAGAACAUGUGAUUGAGAUGCUAGUGACUGUAUGAUGUACUGAGAUAAAGUAAAUUAAGUAAUAAAACUAUUCUACAACA